UGUUGUGUGUGUUUGCCCUAUUUUGGUAUAUUCACGAGUUGGCCUGAAUAGUCUGUCGUCUUAUUCUCAUUGGUCCUUCUUCAGUUGCAAAAUUGCAAAAUAGCCACACUGACUGAAGGAACACGGGUAGAACUGUCGGUAAACAUGUGUGCAAAUUCCAACUUCAAAGGGGGGCCCGAAGUAGCCAAAUUGUCUUUCAACUCUCUCACUCUCACACUGGGACUGGUCUACUCUACUUCCCUCCCCUGCUGCUACUUUGAUCCCACUCUGUAUUUGGUUAACCGGUCAAAUAGGUUUUAGCAGAACUCGGCAGUUGUACAUGGUUCUAGGAUGGAAAAAAGCAAUGGCAAUAAAGCAACCCAGAUUUUUUGGAGCAUAGUUAGUUUCUUGAGGAGAUGUCUUUUUCUUGUAAUUUCUGUUCGUCCUAUACCUCAUCACAUUGCAUUCAUCAUGGAUGGAAAUCGAAGAUAUGCUAAAAAGCGGAAGUUGAAGGAAGGGGAUGGACAUAGGGUUGGGUUUUUGGCUCUGAUGACCAUGCUCAAGUAUUGUUAUGAGUUGGGAGUUAGAUAUGUGACUAUAUAUGCCUUUAGUAUUGAUAAUUUCAAAAGGGACCCUGAAGAAGUUCAAUCCUUGAUGAACCUGAUGCAGGAGAAAAUAGAAGGGUUAAUCAAGGAAGAAAGCAUAGUUAACCGCUAUGGAAUUAGGGUACACUUUAUAGGGAACCUAAAACUCUUGAGUGAACCUGUUAGGUUGGCAGCUGAGAGGGCAAUGGAGGCCACUGCUAACAACUCCAGCGGAGUUUUGUCAAUAUGUAUUGCCUACACUUCCACUGAUGAGAUUGUGCAUGCUGUUCAAGAAUCGUGCGAAGAAAAAUCAGAUGAAAUCAGUGUAAUGAAUGCAAGUGGAGCUGGGUAUGGUCUACUUCAACUUGGAGGGAAUGAAAAGGAAGAAAGGGAGAACAUUGUAAAAUUGACAGAUAUUGAAAAGCAUAUGUACAUGGCUGUUGCACCUGACCCUGAUAUUCUAAUCCGUACUUCUGGCGAGACCCGGUUGAGCAAUUUUCUUUUGUGGCAGAGUGCACACUGUUAUUUGUACUCUCCAUCUGUGCUCUGGCCAGAGAUUGGUUUCCGGCAUUUCACUUGGUCAAUCUUGAGCUUUCAGCGUAGCUACUUUUAUCUGGACAGAAAAAGGAAACAGUCAUAAAUUUGUUUAUUGAUGUAUUUUUCACAUUUGGUCUACUUGUUUCUGAAUUACUAUCCUCUGUAACAAAUACAGAUUAGAUGCAGGCUUGAAGCGUUUAUCAGUGCCCCUGCCUGUAGUUCUUACAUUGUAAACAUUAGUCUGCUGUAUUGUAAGAAUAAUUUGCUUCCCUGUGUGGUUGCUUUGCUGAAUACUUGCAUUAUGAUCAUCUGGUCAUGGUUUAGUGAUGUUUUUCAUGUA